AUGCAUCUGCACAACACCCCCCUCCAGAAGACCCAAGACACCCUUUGGCCGUCCCAUGUCCCAUCCCACAUCAAAACAUGGGUGGACAGAUUCUUCCAGCUCCUCGAUGGCUACACCCCAGAAGCAGCCCGGCAAUGGGCAGAGCUAUACACCCCGGACGGAGUCUUUGAGGCCUUUGGACAGUCCUUCAGAGGACCAGAGGCCAUCAGCGCCCACCUACUCCGGUUCUGGGCUAUGUUUCCUGGCCUCCUGCACACCCCAAAGUCCAUUUACAUCAGUCGAGGCACUCACACUCACCCCGGGUCCGCGAUGGACAUCAUCUCCGUCACCAAUUACGCCGUGACGUUCCCCAACGGCCAGUUUGUUUCGGGGGAGUCGGUCGCUGUGCUGAGCGUGGUCAAGGAGGGCAAUCGCCUAGCCAUCAUGUUGAACAAGUUAAUUCUAGACCCAAAUCCCCUGAUGGAAGCGUUGGCGGCCCAGUCGUCAGGAGCGGGCGACAAGGCGUGCUCGAGUAGCCACCAUGAGAAUGUGGCGGAGGAUAUUCUGGAUGCCCAGACCUAA